GCCUUCUUACGCGUGCUUUCCUCCUCUCUCAACUCUUUUCAACGCUUUCAAGCACUCUGAACGACAAAACCACCGCUUGCUCCUCCACCAGUUCACCCAGUCCACCGCCACCACUGCCACCUCUUCACCCAAAUCCGACGAAGGACGCCACAACAAACGUGUGAAUCUUCCUGCACCACCGGUCUCCGCUACGUUUUCCAAAACCCGCUUGGCUGAAGUUGUGAACCAGAACCUGGGUAUCAACCAAGGACUGACUGCGGGAGGGUUCAAGUUUUCCGACGUGAUUGUUAAUUUCUGCAUGAAGCUAGGAGAGGGUUUUCGUCUGCACCAAUAAGUAAAAGAUUCGAUAUUUUCACUCUGGAGACUGUGGAUGGCAUCUGUGUAGCCAUUAUAGGAUUCAUAAACAAGCAGAACACUAUCUAAAACGGGAUUCCUUCUGAGAUCUUUCAAGUUGAAGUUCCUCUCCUUCAACCUUUGCAUGUUGGGAUUUCACAUCAACAACAUCUCCCUAUAGCCUAGGAGCUUUGUUCGGAUUCAAGCUUUCCGACGGUAAUUGGAUGAUUCCUCCGACACACGCCAUCAAGGUGAAAUCCGGAUAUCAAUUCUCAAGAUGAAUGGUGCCACAAAGUGGCAUAUGAAGCAAGGCUCUUGUUAAAAUUAAAAUUCCUUCGGGACGGUUCAGUUUCCGCUUUAAGCCAUCCCUCUCCAUAUUCGAAUCUCACCUACCAAUCACUGGCGCCUCCCUCAAAAUGCUUCGAAGCUUCCAAAACCCCAAUCUCUACUCCAUUUCCAAAACCCACUUCAAACUCUUGCAUUACUUCUUAUCCAAUCACUUAUGCACCACAACCGAGCCGACCCAAGUCCCCGAGUCACCUGACCUUCCGAACUGGGUUAAAUUCUUGGACAUCACGCACCCAGAAGCCGCAAGUUCAGACGAAGAUUUUGUCAUCCCUUCACUUGCCAAGUGGGUUGAAGCCCCGAUGCUCAAAGACCCCAGAAAAGCCGUCAAGCUCCCGGUUGUUGAGAUUGCGGAUACCGACAUAGACAUAAUUAGUAAAGUUUUGAAAAACCAGCACCCGUCACCGGAAAAUGUAGCUCAAGUUCUAAGUGGGAUUGUUUUGGAUUUGUCAAACGGUUUGGUGGAACGGGUUUUGAGGAGGUUUAGCAAUGAAUGGGUUCCGGCUUUCGGGUUUUUCACUUGGGCAAAAACGCAAACAAGUUAUAGGCAUGCGCCGGAGGUGUACAAUUUUAUGGUUGACAUCUUGGGGAAGGCCGAGAAGUUUGACAUUAUGUGGGAUUUGGUCGUAGAAAUGGACCAAAUUGGAGAAAGGUAUGUUAGUUUGGAUACGAUGAGUAAGGUGAUGAGGAGGCUUGCUAGGGCUGGUAGGUACAAGGAGGCAAUCGAUGCAUUUCGAGGAAUCGAGCGAUUUGGAGUGAGCAAAGAUGUCUUGUCUCUGAACGCUCUGAUGGGUGCAUUGGUGAAGGAGAGAAGCGUUGAGCUUGCCCACGAAGUUUUCUUGGAGUUUAAGGAAUCUAUACCUUUGAAUGUUAGUACUUUCAAUGUUUUGAUACAUGGGUGGUGCAAAUACAGGAACUUGGACAUUGCUAGGAAGACAAUGGAGGAGAUGGAGAAGCACAAGUUUAAACCCGAUGUUUUCUCGUAUACCUCUUUGAUUGAAGCUUAUUGUAACGACAAGGAUUUUCGCAAAGUUGCCGAAGUUCUUGGCGAGAUGAAGGACAAGGGUUGUGAGCCAAAUGCCGUGACUUAUACCAUCAUAAUGCAUGCUUUAGGGAAGGCAAGGGAGAUAACUAAAGCUUUGGAGAUUUACGGGAAGAUGAAAAUGAGUGGUUGUAUUCCAGAUACUUCAUUUUAUAGCUCGUUGAUUUUCCUCCUUGGUAAAGCCGGUAGGCUCAAGGAUGUUCAGGAAAUAGUUGAGGACAUGGAAAAGCAAGGGAUAAAGCUGGACGUUUUGGCAUAUAAUACCUUGAUUAAUAUAGCGUCUACGCAUUCACAGGAAGAGGUUGCUCUCAAAUGGCUCAAGAAAAUGGAGGAGGAUUCGUGCAAGCCGGAUCUCAAGACCUAUGCUCCGCUGUUGAAGUUAUUCUGCAGAAAGAAAAGGAUGAGGGUGCUUUGCUUUUUGUUAGAUCACAUGUUUAAGAACGACAUUGGCAUUGAAGGUGGAACUUAUGCACUCUUGGUACGCGGGCUGUGUAUGAACGGUAAACUUGCAACCGCUUGCUCCUUCUUUGAGGAGAUGGUAUUGAAGGGUUUUGCUCCGAAGGAUAGCACAUACAGUAUGUUGAUAAAGGAAUUGGAGGGGAAGAGUAUGCAGAAAGAGAAGAAACAUAUUGAGAGGUUGAUGUUGCAGGCAAGAGGGCAAGAGAUAAUAGGCAACGAUUCCGCAAUGUCUAAUGUUGAAGAGAGUAUGCACAAGGGCCAUGUGUUUGUGUGAUGUAAGCAAUUUAAUGGCCCGGACGUGCCCUUAAGAAUUUAAGCGAACUUAACAGGUUGAUCUGAGCCACUUAAAAGACAAUGUAUUCAGACUUUGUUUAGAGCUUAGGGCUAACAGAGAUGUAUUUAUUUGUUUAGAGCUUAGGGCUAACAGAGAUGUAUUUAUUUAGAGUAAGCAAUUUCGAGCAUUUUGUUGUGCAAA